AUGGGCGGCUACAGUGCCGUGCAGAAUUUCUCCUUGCCCAGUCGCUCAGGCACUCUACGGCCCUUUUCACCGUGUGCCGGAAGCAGCAGCGGGCAUCGCAGCCGGGCGGAUCGCGACAACAACAGUGAUCCAGGAAGUGACCUCAACCUCGUCUUCGAGCGCAACCGCAUCCGUUCGCCGACACCCACGGCUCUGCAGCUGUUUCAGUUCUCCGAUGAGGACAAUACCGCGCGUCUGGUCAUGAGUCGAUCGAAAGGCAAUCUGCCACGGCCCAUGUCAACCUCAUCGUCGGCGCCGGCACUCACUGUGGUUGGUUCGAUGGAUGCCGGCGUUGCUGGUGAUGGCUGUGACAACGACAUCAUGCGAGAGGACCUCGAAAACGGUCUCGGACAGGAGCAAAACCGUCCUACCACGCCCCAACAGUCGCAGAGCAAUGCUGCGGCUAACCCCCACCUCGGUCUGGACCCCAUCUCGCCGACACUGUCUGUCUGGCCGCGGCCGAUGAGUGUCCUUGACGACACCCCAACACAAAAUAGCAACGACGUACUAGAAAAGGACAAGAACACAAUGAUUUCCAGCGUUCGUGCGCAGCGGGUCCUCUCAAAUGGUACGAGAGACGCCUUUGCCGAUGGCAACAUUGACCUUGACCUCGACCUCGACGCUAGCAUCAUUAGACAUACCGCGAACAACAGCACGUACAAUGAGCCGCCCAGUCUCGCCCGCUCCAUCUCCAUCCGCUGGGGCCCCCGCCUCCGCCACAUUUCGCUGAGCGAGGUCCAGGCGGCCGAUGACGCCGCCCGUCGCGUGGCUGCGGUCCGCCGCGAGCGCCGCGUCUUUUGGAUCUUGGUUGUUCUCGCCCUCCUGGGCGUGCUGUCGUGCACGGCCGCGGUCACCCUCGCAGCCGCCCAGGCGGCCAUGCAGGUGGGUGUCGAGGAGAUUGGGCCGGAUCCGGGUGGCGGGGGUCCGAUCUGGGACGUGCGUACGCUGGCCUGGCUAGUCGCAAGCCUAGUGGUGUGCACCGCGGCUGCCGCCGGAUUGGCCAUUGCUACAUCGGCGCGGUGCCGUCGGCGGCGGGAUGGAAACAACGGAGCCUACUCCCCGACCGACAAGGCCAUCCUCACUCAAUUGAUCCAGAGCGGCCGCCGUAGUCGAAGGGGUGGCGGGCCUGGCGCCGAAAGUCGCUGCAGCCACCGAUUCUCGCCCCUGUUUGCGCACCAGCCUCCACAGUACCAAGACGCUGAUGGGAUCACAAGGGACACGCGAGAGAGUCGUGCGGCUUGGGUCGAGAUGGAUGACAUGGAGGAGCGAAGCGAGGACCCGAACAGAGAGGUCGUAAACCGCUGGUGGUCGCUCGGGCGGAGGGGCAAAGGCGGGCCGUUGACAGGCAUGGGCGUCGAUGGAACAUGUGUGGCCAGCGGCGAGCACGUCGGCAUCCGCGACGAGGACCGCAACUGGCUCAAGUUUACACAGGACCCGGUGCGGCUGCGUCGUUACGUCGAGGCACUGGAGGCUCGCCUUGCUGUUGUCGAUGGGGUCGGCGUUGAAGGCACACCAGACGCCGUGCCCAUUGGCAGAGCCGACACGACUACGCGCCUUCCACAACACGGCGUUGUCCGGUCGCCUGCAAUGGCCGUCCUGCCACGGGAGUCGGUCUGCUCGCCGAUCACGCUACCUGGCCACGACAUAUUUUGA